AGCGCACUCCUAGCAUGGCUCUUGAUCUCUUACAUCCCACAAUUCGCCCGCAUCAUCGGCCGCAAAUCCGCAGAAGGCCUCUCGACUUUGUACAUCCUUCUCGGCUCGUUGUCUGGAACUUGCGCAGUGGCGAAUAUCAUGGUGCUGCCUUCGAGUCAAACGGACAUGUCUUGUUGUAGGCAUUACACUCGCUUUGGAUGUAUAUCGCGCUUGCUGGGUCUCUUCCAGGUUGUCAGUGGAGUUGCUUUGUUCUGGUGCAUAAUGUUCCUCUACGUAUACUUUUCAGAAGAAGAAGCCGAUGCCGAACUCCACGGUCGCCGCCGCUCUCUAUCUUCUCCUGACCGCACUUUCCGCCGCGCUCGUCGCGCUAUCCGCUUGCUCAUCAUCGUGGUGGCAUUCGCAUUUGCGGUUAUGCUCGUCAGUGCGGUGAUCCUCAGUCGCUUUCCUUGGUAUUCGCAGGAAUGGGCGAAUGUAUUGGGAAUCGCUGUUGCUUGCUUUGCUUGUGUGCAGUGGGUGCCGCAGGUGUGGACGACUAUCCAUUUGGGCCAUCUGGGAAGUUUGAGUUUGGCGAGUGUGUGCAUGGGUGCGCCUUAUACAUGGAUCUUUGGCGUCAACAUGAUCAUCCGCCUCGGCAUGUCUGGCUGGUCCGUCUGGAUCGUGUACGUGCUGGUCGGAGUGAUGCAACUCAUCCUCAUCAUCACCGCUAUCCUCUAC